AUGGGACUCGCCAAAUUCAACCCGUUCAAGAAGGACCGCCAGAACUUCCCAGGAGUCGUGAUCCCGCUGGCGGAUGCUCCGGCCCAUGCCCCCACAAACCCAGAUGAGAAGGCCGACAAGUUGUUGGAUCGUGCCCCCUCUUCGGAGAACGGUUCGCUUGGGUCGCUGGGCAAAUCCAGCCAUCUGACCAUUGAAGCUCUCCGUGCUGAGGUCGAGGCUGAUCUCGCUACAUCGGGCCAUGACUCGGCGUAUGACCGCAAAGCAAAGGUGAUCAACCGCGCCAUUCAGGAUAUCGGCAUGGGCCGGUACCAGUGGGAGCUGUUCUUCCUGUGUGGCUUCGGCUGGACGGCAGACAACCUCUGGCUUCAGGGUGUUGCCCUAACUUUGACACCGUUGUCCUACGAGUUCGGUAUCUCCGAGUCGCAUGUUCGAUUUACAACUUGUGCGCUGUUCUUGGGCCUGUGCAUCGGUGCCUCCUUCUGGGGUAUCGCAUCUGACAUCAUCGGUCGUCGCUGGGCAUUCAACACCACACUGUUCCUUGCUGGGACGUUUGGUCUAGCUUCCGGCGGUGGUCCCACCUGGAUUGGUGUUUGUGCUUUGUACUCCUGCCUUGGUCUCGGUGUUGGUGGCAACCUGCCUGUCGAUGGCGCUCUCUUUCUCGAGUUCCUGCCUUUCGCCUCCGGCAACAUGUUGACGAUGCUGAGUGUUUGGUGGCCCAUUGGUCAAUUGAUUGGUAGUCUGUUCGCCUGGGCCUAUAUUCCCACCUUCAGUUGUUCGACCAUAGAGGGCUGCACCAAGGCUCAAAAUUGGGGCUGGCGCUAUCUGGUUCUCACCCUGGGUGCCAUCACUUUCUGCAUGUUCGUUGCGCGGUUCUUCUUCUUCCACUUGUACGAAUCACCCAAGUACCUGCUAUCUCGCGGCCGUCAGGAGGAGGCUGUUGCGUCGGUCCACGGCAUUGCGUACAAGAACAAGACCCAGACUUGGCUGACCAACGAGAUCCUCAACGAGAUCGGUGGUUAUGCCGAAACCAAGGAGGUGGAGAAGCUCACCUACGGUCAGAUUGUGACACGAUUUUUCUCCAAGUUCUCGAUGGAACGUAUUGGUCCUCUCUUCGCCACAAAGCGCUUGGGCUUCAGUACCGUCUUGCUCUGGUUCUGCUGGGCCACCAUCGGUAUGGGCUACCCGCUCUUCAAUGCUUUCCUGCCGCAGUAUCUCUCCAAGUCUGGCGGUACCACCAACUCAAACUACAUCACCUACCGCAACUACGCCAUCACGUCGAUCGUCGGUGUCCCAGGCUCCAUCCUGGCCUGCUACACCGUGGAGAUCAAGUACAUAGGCCGCAAAGGCACCAUGGCUAUCGCCACUCUUAUCACCGGUGUGUUGCUGUUUUGCUUCACCGCGUCCACCAACUCCAAUGUUCAGCUGGCCUGCACUUGUCUGGAGGCUUUCUUCCAGAACAUCAUGUAUGGUGUUCUGUACGCCUACACUCCCGAAGUGUUCCCGGCUCCAGUUCGCGGUACCGGGACCGGUAUCUGCAGCUGUCUGAACCGUAUCGCUGGUCUCUGUGCCCCUCUAGUCGCUAUCUAUGCGGGCGGUUCUAGCCCAGACGCACCGAUCUACGCUUCCGGUGCCCUGAUCCUUGCUGCGUUCGUCGCGAUGGCCUUCUUGCCCAUCGAAACUCGGGGUAAGCAGACUCUAUAA